CUUUUUUCUGUAUGCCUGGUGCAUGUACGUGACUUUGAACCCAUAUUUUUCUCUUUCUUCUUCUUUUCCUUGUUAUUCGCUUCUUUUCAUUGUAGAGGUUAUUUUUCCAGACUCUCGCUGUCUUUUGAAUUUGUGAAACUGCCGGGCAGUUGAGGUCGAAAUAACCAAAUCCGUUUUUUCUUUUAAUUUUUUCUUAUUUUACGAUUCGAUUCCACCGAGCUUAGGUCUUGGUUUGUUUCUUUUAUAGGUUUUCAGUUUUUGGAAAGACGAAAGACGAAGAACGAAAAAGAAAGGUCCAGGACGCCGGCCGUCAAACAAAACAUCAAACCCACAAAACUCCGACGUCAAAACAUCUCGAACCCGACGACAAACAAUCUUUCUUUUAAACCCAGUCAAUUUUCAAUCUCAAAAAACGCAUCAUGCCUGACAAGGUCUUCGUCGCCACUCUCGUGGCCAACCUGCUCUUCCUCGCCUCAGGCGCAAUGGAGCUCGGCUUCUCCAUCGCCGCCAUGAACCUCAAGAACAAGACGCCCACCGACGGCCAGGACGCCACGCGCCACCUCAUCUACCAGCAAUUUCCCCUGACCGCGGGAAUCGUCAACGCAGUCUUCGUUCUCGCGACUUUUGUCUUUACUAUCCCCGCCAUGGCACUGGUUAAGCGCAACUUGCUCAAGAUUAGCGGCUACAUGAUUACUAUCUGCGGCGUGUUUUCGCUUGUUGUGGGAUUGUAUCUUUGGAUCAUGACGUUGAGGCUCAAGGAGACGUUUGAGCCUAUUUACGCGGCGCAGGAUGAGUCGAUUCAGUCGUUGGUGCAGACUUCGUUCCAAUGCUGUGGCUACCUCAACAGCACAUCUCCCGCCUUCGUCACAGACUCCGUCUGUCCAAGCCCUGCCGCGGCAACUCUCCUCCGAGGCUGCUCCACCAGCAUGUCCAGCUUCGCCAACGCCUUCAUCAACGACCUCUUCACCGCCGUCUUCGGCAUGGUCGGCAUCGAUGCCCUCCUUGUCCUUGCAAUUGCCUGUCUCCUCAAAGAGCGCAAGGAAAAGGAGCGUUACUACAUCAUCGAUCAGAAGCGAGACUACGGCCGUCUGUAAAGUAAUGGAGCCCAAUGAAAAACUAAAACAAACGAAAAAAAAACAAUGUUAUAUAGUCACGGUUAUAAAAAGUCAAAACCCCCUAUUUGAGGCUGAAUAUCAUGUUUUGUUAUGCCCCUAGUUUAUAGCGUUGCAAGGUCCUGCUUUUUUUUUCUCUUGCC